AAAGAAACUCACCACCAUGAAGCGUAUCCGUCGCGAGUGCCUGGUAAGUACUAACGGGCGUGAGCGUGUCAGAGGCUAAAGUCGACGCGCGAAAAGCUGUACCCAGCUUCAGUGUGAGUAAAUUUGCUUUCAACCAUCAUUUAGCCCACGGCCGGUAACAAAUCAGCUUAUAAGGCCAUGAGUGCUGUAAAUCAGGCAACAGAAUCUCUCUCCAUAGAUGAAACGAACAAACUUCGUAUUUCUCUUGGUCUUAAACCUUUAGAUGUAACAGGUGAAAAAUCAGCGCCAGCCAACAAGGAUGCAACAGAUAAAAAUGAUGAUUACGUUCAAUCACAAAUCCAGGAGGACGAUGCCCUGGAAAAUUGGAAGCGAGAACAGCAACGUGCUGCCGAAGAACAAAAGCAUAAAGAAGCAGAACUUCGGCUGCAAAAGCUGAGGGCAGAAAGGGAGCGAAAGAAACUCCUUCAAAAAAAAUCGCUUGCGGAGCUCUUGGAAGAUGAAGAAGGUGCUGAGGAGGAAGACGCAUUGAGUUGGGUGAAACGCACUCGUUCUCAAGUUCGUAAGUCAGUUUUAUCGCCUUCUUCUACAACAAAAUUGCAGAAACCCGCUUCAACUACGAGUGUCGAUUUGUCUAACAAUUCAACGAGCCCAAAAAACUCUACUCUUGAAGGUGUUCGCAUAGCACACAAUACUUCACAGCUUUCUUCCCCCGAUGGUGUGUAUCUUACACUCCGAGAUGCCAAUGUUCUGGAUAACAACGGUGACGUCUUUGAAAGUGUCAGCCUAGUUGAACAGGAAACGACUGAAAGAAACGUUAAAGAACGAUUACGGCAGCAGAGUUACGUCCCCUACGAAGAUGAAACAACAUUCAAUGGCAGUGCAUUGCUUCCACAGUACUCUAAUGAAAAAAAUCAAGGACUUUCUGAAACUGUUAUAGGCGGUAACAACAUCGUUCUUGAUAGUACUCAGAAAAUCAACACUGCCAACGCAACUCAAAAUUCAGAAGCGCUCAGUCUGGAUACAGGUGAAGAGAAACAAAUCACUGACUACCAAAGCAUUAAAAUAAAAAAGAGCAAACGGAAAAAGCGGAAAGCAGUUCACCAACGCACCAUCGACACAGUUGAUGAAGUGGAUGGCUCGACCACGGCAAACGAAAAAGAAGAGCAACUUACUCAGGAACAUAAAAAAUUUACUGUGAAAGAUGUUAACUUGAACAUUAAAUAUAGGGCUUUCUAUAAUUCGUCGUUUGUAGACGACGAUGAUCUUCAGAGCGCCCUUUCUACACGUCGGCAACAAUUGCAAAGAAAGAGAGCACUAGAUGGUGAAAGUGUUGCUGAUCAAGUCAUGAAGUUACCAAGUCAUUUGAAAAUAGAGCAUUUAGACGGUACAGAUAGCAAUCCGGGACUCGUACUCGAUGCCACAAGAACUUUUGUUGACGCUUUGGAAAAUAAGAACGUUGUCGUUACUUCCCCCGAGCCUAUGUCACACAAUAAUCAGACUAAUGAAGACGGCGUUCCGGCUGCGAAGUUAUCAAUUAAUGAGAAGACUGCAGAUGCUUUUGAUACAGCAAAUGAACAAAAUAACGGAAUGGAUGCAGAGGAAAAUGCCAUUGAAGAAUCGUUAGUUUCCAAAGGUGUUGGCACAGUUCUAAAUAUUCUUAAACAAAAGGGAGUUGUGAAAUUACAGAAUGAUGCUUACGAUCGUGUGCGACGGGAACAACUGUACACACAAUGGGUUGCAAAAAAGCGUCUGCUUCGCGCUGAACUUGAAGAUAAGCGGCAAAGAGAGUUGUAUGCUAAGAGAGAGAAUGAAAAAUGGGAUAAGAUGGUUGCGGAACUUGAAAUGGAACAAUUUCAGGAUUACAAGCCGGAGAUUAACCUACGUUACGUCGAUGAGUUUGGACAGGAAUUGGGUCCAAAAGAAGCUUACAAGUACCUGCUUUCGCAUCAAUUUCACGGUAAGGGUUCAGGAAAAGCUAAGACUGAAAAACGGUUAAAAAAAAUCGAGGAAAUAGAAAAGAACGAGAGAAAACCCAUUUUCUAAAACUCAACAUGAUUAUUCAUCUUUCAGAGUCCAUAUUUCUUUGAAACUUCAGUUGGUAUGCAAUAUCUGGGAUCAAUCGGUUUUAGGUCUGGAUGGCCUAAUAGCGCGAGGCCCGCAAGGGAAAAGCAUGUAUGAUAAACGUCAGCAACGUCUUCCUUUCUGUCCGAGAAGCCCCCGCUGUCCGGAUCUUGACAUGUUUUUAUAAAUUCAAUCAACUUUUCCCGAUCAAUCCAGUCAAUCUUGUUUAUAAUUGCUAGAGGUGAAAGAAUCCACCAGGAGUAGCAAGACUGCGCAUUGCCCGUUAGAAACGCGCGCUUUAUACUAAUAUCCUUUACUUACAUCGGGAAGCUUUUCAGGUCGACCAUUUAAUCCGCCGGAAUUAACUUGUCGUUCACUAAGCCACCAGCCAAGAAAGUUCUCAUCAAUUUGGUCCAAUUUUCUCAGGAUAGCAAGAGCUGCAACACAUGUGAAAACUAAUUUGACCAGGUUAGAUUAAUAAAGUUGUAACAUAUUUUUGUACCAUA